UGGGCAACCCAGCGGGUUGGCCUGCAGGUGCAGAAGGUUGCAGGCAGCUGCCCUCCUGGCCCUGCCCUGCCCCGCCUGGAGGGAUAGCGUUGGGAGGUGAUGGCCGGAGGACACGAGCGGAGGAUGAAGGCCCUGAAGGAGGUGUGGAGAAGAGCCGAAAACUCUCUGUGUGCAGACUGUGGGAAGCCAGAUCCUGACUGGGCAUCCUCUACUUUGGGUGUCUUUAUAUGCCUCAGCUGUUCAGGAAUUCACCGCAACAUCCCUAGCAUCAGCAAAGUCAAAUCCCUGAAGAUGGACCACUGGGAUGAUGCUCAGGUGCAGUUUCUGGCCAAGCACGGGAAUGCUGUGACUAAAGCCACAUAUGAAGCUCACAUCCCUAUUUACUAUUACCAGCCAACCUACAAUGACUGCCAAGUGCUGAGAGAACAGUGGAUACGGGCCAAAUACGAACGCAAAGAGUUCACUGAGCCAGGAAAACAGCUGCCAUAUUCUGAUGGUGUGAAGGAAGGCAUCCUCUGGAAGCGAGGUCGAGACAAUGGGCAGUUCCUACCCCGCAAGUUCCUCUUGUCUGAGAGAGAGGGAUGUCUGAAGUAUUUUACCAAGCAGGAUGCCAAAGAACCCAAAAUCAAUGUUAAAAUUGAUGUCAUCAAUGCUACAUUCCAGCCAGCAAAGAUUGGGAACCCCAAUGGCCUGCAGAUCACCUAUCUCAAAGACAACAAGACCCGGAAUAUAUUUGUCUACCAUGAAAGUGGAAAGGAGGUAGUGGACUGGUACAAUGCCAUUCGCUCCGUGCAGUUCCAUUAUCUAAAGGUAGCAUUUCCCAUUGCCAGCGAUAAUGAGAUUAAAAAUCGGCUGACAAGAAACUUCCUGAAGGAGGGAUACAUGGAGAAGACUGGUCCCAAGCAGAGAGAGGCUUUUAAGAAGCGCUGGUUCACGCUGGAUCACCGCAGGCUCAUGUACUUCAAGGACCCUUUGGAUGCAUUUGCGAAGGGUGAGGUGUUUGUGGGCAGCAGAGAGAAUGGAUAUAGCGUCCAGAAGGGAUUGCCUUCGGGGACACAGGGCAACUUUUCUUGGCCCUAUGGCCUCACCAUUGUCACCCCCGACCGGGAAUACCUCUUCACCUGCGAGACGGAGACCGACCAGCUGGACUGGAUCACAGCCUUCACAAGCAUCAUCAACCAGGCCAUGACACCACAGGAGUAUGCAAUUGAAGCCUACUUCAAGUUUAAAUCCUAGGAAGCUGUGCCAGAACCUCACUAUGACUCGACUCUACCUGGUUCUGUUGGGUGGGCUGUCAGGAGAGGAGAGGGGAUCGACAUCGGAGAAACACUGCUUUUGAAGCACCCUUUGAAGCACUUUUUUUCCCCAUAGACAGUCUACUUUGUUCUGGGGGCCAAGUCGAGCUGCUUCCUUUCGAGUGCAAGACCUUGUGAGUCUGAAUCCUCAGUGCAACCUGUCACUGUUAAAUUACUGUGACCUGACUGGACACCAGCAGGCCUUGCCUGUCAGUUGGGCCUUGAAAACUUGGCACUGUGCUGGACAUGGGACCUGGCAUCACUCCUGCAUGAAACUGCAGCCACAUACCUUAUGCAAGAAGACAGUUGCCUGGCUGGAGCUAUGUCCCAGUGGGUUGCAGGGGCUGCUGGAGUAGGAGAGAGUUUCUUUUCAAGAAAUGGCUUCUCUGCUGGUGACAGAGAUGUGAAACAUCUAGAUAUUUGAUCAGUUGGAACUGUAGUUGAGAAAAGUCACUUAAAAGAUGUAAUCUAACAGCCAAAUGUGAGGCCUGUUUCCUCCUGCCAUGUAUGGGCUUGAAAGCUUCUUCAGAUCACAUUUGUGUGAAGACCUUCCUCUGAUUGCUACAGAGAGGGUUAGGAGAUCUGCUCAAUGUGUGUGUAUACUUGUGUGUAUGUGGGUAGUGUGCGUGUGUGUGCGCACGUAACAAAAAGUGGUGGGAGGUGGAAUAUUGCCCUAGGGAAGAUACUGUGAGGGCUAUUCAUGCCAUUGACGUUCAGCUGUCAAAUUUACGUCUCUAGUCAAACCCAUAGAGAGAGGUUGGGUCCAGCAGAGAGCAGCCUGUGGUGUCUGAUACAGACUUUGGACUCUCUGCUGACUUUACUAGAGCCUAGAGGUUGAUGUCUGAAGUUAGUAAUACAUGGAUCUCUGCUCCCUCAUUCUCUGUAUGUCAAAGGCCUAACGCUUUCAUUCAUCCCUAUACAUUAUGUAUGUAUAUAUUGUAUAUUACAUACACAUAUAAUUUUAUGUAGUAGCAGAAAGUCUGUAUGUUCACGUCCUUCUAGUAACAGUUAGCUCUAACCACUAAAUCAACCCAUGAUUCAUAUCUUAAAGAUCAUCUCUUAAAACUCUCCAGGGAGAGCUAUGUUUCACGUGCUGGAAGGACCAGCUGAGUUCUGCUGAUGACUGUAGAAUCUGAUGUGUCUGCAGUUUUACACGGGCAGUGUGAGAGUAGGCAUCUCAUGUGUUAAGGGGAGCUAACUGGAAUUAAUGAGGCAAACAGUAUUUUAAUUAUCUCCUAAAGAAAUUAAUUUAAAAA